AUGGCCGCGACGUCCCGAGAGAGCAAGCGCCGGCGCAUCAGCCUAAUCCCCGUGGAUGCCCGCGCGACCUUCGCCGGGUCCAACCUCGCGGAGCUCCUCGCGCACCUCGCCGCGGUCGCGCCGUCGGUGCAGGUGGCGCCCCUCGACGCGCUCGGCGCGAAGGUUGCCGACCUGACCUCGGAUUCGCUCGACGACGCCACCGAGGCUCUCGCCUGCGAGGUACCGGGCUCGUUCGUCGCCAGGGUGGAAAACAUGUUCAGGGCGACCAAGAUCGGCGAUCUGGGAGCGCUGGUCGGGGACGACGCGUCGAAUGGGACGGGCCGCGACGGCCGCGGCGACGGAGACGACGGGGUGGAGGAUGCGGACCACCGCGCGCCGAGGGUGACGAUCUCGCCGUGCGCGACGGGGGACGACGCGGCGGGCGCGGGAUCCAGGCGUUCACGCGCGCACGAGCUCCUCACAAUGCGCGCGAGGGAGGUGUUCGACGCCGCGCUCGCGUCCGACGCCGACGGCGGGAGCAAGGCGAGGGGAGUGGAGGGCGGUUCGGGCGCGUCGUCGUCGUCGUCGAUGCGAGCGAUUGAGACUCUGGUGCUGUGGCUGGACGACCACGCGGACGUCUUCACCGCCGGAGACGUCAGCAACGGGGGCAGGAUCAUGGCGCCGGAUCCGGAGGCGGGCGGGGUGCUCGUCCCGUCGAGGCUCCUUCGGUAGACGAGAGGGCUGUACGUGUUGCGAACGAGACUACCUUCGUAUCGA